CUAAGGUGAGGCCUAGCGGAAGUUAAACGUUAGCUUAGUUUUUUUGUACAAAGUAUGGUGUCCCGCAGACAGGGGCGAGUGUGGAAGUAUGUGGAGGAAGGUAGUCUUUUAAAGCUGAAGUCAUAUCUGCGGAAGCACCGGGACCUAGACGUGAAUUUCACCCAGGGUAAGAAGCAGAGGAGCCCGCUGCUGCUGGCCUGCUCUCUUGGAGAUGACGCUGUGUUGCGGCUACUGCUGAAACACGGAGCCGAUGUUCUACAAAGGGACCGCCGGGGGGACACGGCACUUCAUGUCGCAGCUAACAGGGCCUUGAAACAUGGAAAAACUGUUUAUGAUGACCUGGUUGUCCCUCUCAAAAAAGCAUGUCCAGAGGCUUUGAACGCUCCAAACAGGGCAGGAGUCACACCACAGGACCUGCUGAACUGGACGAAACAUUCAAAGACUGCAGACAACAUGAGCUGUCCAUCUGAGGCAGACCCCGAGAAGGAGUGGCUGGAGAAACUUUUUGGUGAAUGUGAAGAUGAAUUUUGUGAAACUUUUGGGGUAUAUGAUGCUGAUGAUUUUCUUCCAGUUGACGACGAUGAGGAAGACUUUGGGGACUGGGCUGAUCGUAUCAGAAGAGAAUAUUUUUCAAAAAAACAUGCCGAAGCUCAAAGACUGGCAGCAUCAUCUUCUAGUUGGAAAAAACAGAAAAAUAAGCAACAAAGAGAACAAGAAGCAGAAAGCCAUAAAGAGCUGCAUGAAAGGCUGCAGAGGGAACAUGAAGAGUAUCUGGCUCGAGCAACACGUAAAGAGGAAGAGACUCGUCAGGGAAAGAAGCGUAGGUACGAUGAGAGAUGUGCCGCUACAUUUAACGGCGCUUCCUCAUCAGCCAGCACAAAACUCAGCUACAGUGACAUCCCCUGGCCAGCUCCAAGAGGCACGGUCCAGGAGAUGGUGGACUUGAUGCUGCACGGCGUGGACCGAAAAGAUGUGGCAGAGUUUCGUAAAGCACUCCGGAAGCAGCAAGUGCUGUGGCACCCGGAUAAAUUCGCUCAACGAUGCAAAGCUCGUUUGGAGGAGAGAGACAAAGAGCGGAUCUUGGAUACAGUCACAGCUCUGUCACAAGAGCUCAACAGACUGGCUCAGAGUCUAAAGACUUAAAAAUCACCUCAGAAAUAAUACAUACAUUUCAUGCACUAAAAAUCUGAGUGUUAAAACUCUGUGUAAGGGCAUGAAGAAAAAAAUAAAUGAGCUCCUCUGAAUUAAUAAAACUAAGCUUGUCUUAGUUUUAAAACUGAAUGUUGUACCCGUGCUGCUAAAUAUCACACUUUUGAAUAAAAAAGUCUUUAUUCUGAUAUUAUCUUGUUUUAGAAAUUAAAUACAUAUGUUGUAAUGAAUGGUUGUUUAUAUUAUUCACAAACCAGGGUUUAAUCCUCAGGUUCUACUCAAGUUUCAUUACGUACCAGUUGUUUCUUAUCCAGCUCAUGUUUAUGUAGGGAUUGCAGCGCUAAGGCCUACAUAAGCGCUAAGGCCUGCUUUUCUGAUCAUUUGAGUGUUCAGAUUGAUCCUGAUGUGUCAGGCAGACCAUUGAAAACUGCCUGAAGCAACAGCAUUUGCAGCAAGAAAUCCAUGUUAUGGAAAAAAAGAGUAUUUGUUCAGAUUUGCAUUUUCUCAAAAAUGAGUGUUGAGUGUGGUGCUUUAAUAAACAUUGUAUUUAAACCUU